CAAAAACACUAUCUAGAUUCUUUGGGUUCGAAAUUCGUUCAUGCAGCUUCUCACUCACAAUGUAUGCUUAAAAUACCGAUCGCUCAUGUGUAAGCGGGGCGGAUCGGAAAAACAAGCACGCUGUUUGGCCGGUACCUCGACAAGCCCGCAUGUGCUCUUCGGUCGGAUAUAUCCAUUUAUCCUACAUACAGGUGAACGAUACUUUCCUUGUAUCCCACCAGUGGCAUCAGUACGCAAAGAUGAUGAAGGGACCGGUUACAGUAUUGACAAUGGGGGAGUUCCCAUACCGGAAAAGGACAGGCGAGUUAGCAGGAACUAUUUUCUCCGAGCCGAGCAGGUCGAAUGGGACUAUCUCCCGUUGCAAGAAAACAUGGUCGAUUCCUAUCAAGAAUAUCUGGAAGACACACUGAAAAACAAGAUUAAUCGGGUUGGCAGCAAGUACAACAAGUAUGUCUUUAAACAGUAUACGGACGGAACCUACACACAGGAAAUCAAGUCGCCACCGUCUUUCGGUUACGUUGGACCGCUCCUGCGCGGAGAGGUGGGAGAAGUCAUGCGCAUCCACUUCCGGAAUGAUAUCGACAUCCCAGCGUCCGUGCAUCCACAUGGAGUGAAAUACACGAAGGCCAACGAAGGUGCAAACUACACAGAUGGUACAUACGGUUCCGCCAGGAAAGACGACGGCAUCCCGCCCGGCGGCCAGUAUACGUACACGUGGGAUGUGACGUCAGAGUUUUCCCCACGCGACGGAGAUCCGAGUUGCCUCCCUUUCGCUUACCACUCCCACGUGCAUCCCAUGAUGGAUAUCAAUUCGGGCCUUGUAGGGUUACUUGUUGUCUGCAAGAAGGGAACGCUUAGCGCCGAGGGAACCCGUGCCGACGUUGACAGGGAACAUGUUUUGUACUUUGACUCCAUCGACGAGGGCGCCACCUGGCUGACAGACGAGAAUCUCAAGCGCUGCGGUGACCCGGAUGAGUGCAAGCGCCUGUAUGAGUCGGGGGAUCCGGACUUCGAGGAAAGCCUAAAGAAAGAUUCAAUAAAUGGGUACAUGUACGAUAAUCUACCAAACAUGACUGUGUGUGCGGGGGAGCGUGUGGCCUGGUAUAUCUUCUCACUCAGCGCUGAGCUCCACCCGGUCAAUAUAUAUGGGCAGACGUUUCUUGGGAGCAGACACAGGUCGACAGUUAUCGGCAUAUGGUCGGCGACUUUCCGUGAGGCGGAAAUGGUGGCUCGUAACCCCGGCAUGUGGCUCGUGCAGUGCAUGAACUCCGAGCAUAACACAAACGGCAUGAAGGUCUACCUGACGGUGCGUGACUGUGGGGGCGUGAUGCCGGAACAGCUGAGCGGUCGGGUCCGCACCCACUUCCUAUCUGCAGAGAUGGAAGACUGGAACUACGCCCCUUCCGGUCGGAACUUGUUUGACGACCGAGAUUUAGUUGCUCCCAGCACUGAAUCGGAGAAGUAUUUUGCGAAAACCUACAACGGAAAACCGAUGAUAGGCGGCAUAUACCGGAAGACACGUUUCUUCGAGUACGACUCAGUACAGUACAUGACGCGCAAAAACCGGACGGCCCAAGAAGAGCACAUGGGUCUGCUUGGGCCGGUGAUCCGGGCGGAACUAGGGGACGUAGUGAGCGUCACGCUCCUUAACCUGUCACCGUUUCCGGUUUCCGUGGUGAUGCAGGGCGUCAGUAUUGACAGCUCCCAGAACGGCAUGGGGAUGAAAAUGGCCGGGGGAGGAGACAACAACUACACUGGUCGUUUUGUACAGCCCGGGGAGUUAGGAUCAUACACGUUCACGGUCCCGUGGGGAGUAGGGCCGGGGGACGACGACUCCGCCUGUCUGACGUACAUGUACUACUCGGGCGUCAAUAUGGAGAGGGACAUCAACACGGGGCUCGUGGGGCCGCUCCUCAUUUGUAGACCGGGAACGUUAGAUGCGUACUCCAGUAAACAGAGGUUCGUUGAUCGUGAGAUGUUCCUGUAUUUCGCGAGCAUUGACGAGAAUCUAUCCUGGCACAUUGACCACAACGUCGCUACUAACGUUAACGACAGCGUUGACGCGGAUGACGAGGAUUUUGUGGAGUCGAACUUUAUGAGAGCGGUAAACGGACUUGCCUACGGUAAUCUUGAGGGACUUGACGUCUGCCGUGACGACAACGUUGUUUGGCACGUGCUCAGUUUCGGGCAGACGGAGGGAAAUCACGUGGUCACCUUUAACGGAAACAACGUAGUCAUUGACGGAACAUUCCGGGAUUCUCACGUCAUCAUAUCCGGUCAGACGUUUAGCGCUCUUAUGAAGCCGGACAACGUUGGCAACUGGUCCCUCUACUGUCACAACACCUAUCAUUACGACGCGGGUAUGACGGCCAUGUACCACGUGGACAAAUGUGGCGCCGCCUACCGAACUUUCUAUCCGACGACCGGAAAUGUCCGCCACUACUACAUCGCCGCCAUUGAGCGCAAGUGGGACUACUCUCCAGAUACAAUAUUUCCACUUGACGGGAGCAACUAUUCGCAUCCCUCACAUGAGCAACACGGACGUGUGCAAAAAGAGGGCAAAUUCAUCGGAAGUAUAUAUACAAAGGCCCUCUACCGAGAGUUCACAGACAGCACCUUUACAGAGGAAAAGGUCCGCUCCGCUGACGAGAUACACCUUGGCAUCAUGGGACCUUUCAUUAAAGCGGAAGUAGGCGACACAAUUGAAGUUGUGUUCAAGAAUAUGGCGUCAAGACCUUACUCUAUCCAUGCGCAAGGGGUACGCUACAAUAAGACAUACGAGGGUAUGGCGUACGCAGACGGACAGACGGACAAGAGAGGCGACAGUGUCCAGCCGGGGUCUACUUUCACCUACAGAUGGGAUGUCCCAACUUCCUCUGGUCCUUCCAAUCAUGGACAGAAAUGUGUUAACUUUUUGUAUCACUCCGCGGUAGAUCCCGUAAGAGAUGUGUACGCCGGUCUUGCAGGACCAAUCGUUGUUUGCCGAGCUGGUAUCCUUGACAACAGUGGCAAGCGUACUGAUUCUGUCGAGAAAGAGUUCGCACUACUUUUUCAAGCGUUUGAUGAAAAUAAGAGUUGGUAUUUGAACCAAAACAUUCAGGAAAACUGUCCAGAUGCAGAUACAUCGACGCCCGAAUUUGAAGAAAGCAACAAAUACGACUCAAUAAAUGGCCUUAUCUAUAACAACGUUCAAGGUUUGGUCGCAAAAACAGGUGACAAUAUAGCAUGGUACGUGAUUGGUCUAGGUGAAAACGAGGACAUGCAUACGGUUCAUUUUCACGGGCACACUUACACAUAUCGCACCGGCCAGAGUCACGAAGGUGACGUCAUAGAAGUGUUUCCGGGCACCUAUGAGACGGUAGAAAUGUUCGCAAAUAAUCCUGGCACGUGGCUUUUACACUGUCACGUGGAACAGCACAUGCAAGACGGAAUGAUUGCAACAUAUACCAUUCUUGAAAACAAUGAAUAAAAUAAAAGUUCCCUUUUAACCCCUGACCUUAGCACACUCCUCUUCUUACAGACGCGUGGCGAUAGAGCUGUGUUGGAGUGUGUGUGUUUUUAAAAAAAAUAAUAUAUAUUACCAUUUUCAACAAAAGUACUUUAUCUAUAUUAACAAAUUUGGUUUCCCUCUUUGUUUAGUAAAAUCCUCCGUAUAACUGGUUUGCUCCGAUCCGUUCGCGAUAUGAAAGCAAUAACGAAUAAGGCAUGGAAAAGAUGAGCACUGACCUUAUCAACCGGAACUCCUCGGCCAUUAUCCAACAGAUAUGACCUCUGAAAUAAUAAGAGUCUUUAAAAAUUGUCCAUCAUAGCAGCGCCAAUUGAAACAUGUUGGAUAUGUUUUCAACCGUCAACGGACAUGAAUGUUAUAGAAAGGAGAAGUACUUACAUUAUACCGGUCCUGAAAGUUCAUUUUCAAGUGAUUCCUAACUUUGGUUCAACUGUUGUUUCUUGUUACAAAAUGUAUUGUAUAUAAUUAUUUAUAGUUGUUAGUGUUAUAAACUAUUUUAUGAUAUCUUUUGAAGAUGUUUUGCCUAUUGUUUUGGUAAAAGUAUGUUUCAUAUAUAACUAUUUAAAUCAACCUUUAAGUAACAAAUGCAUGGUUUUGUGUACAGUUUUAACAAUAUGGUGGAGCUUCUGCAUGUAGCCAUUACUUCUGAAUUUCUACCAAACAAUGAUAUCGCACAUGGUCCUUUGCCUCUUCCGUCAAGUUUCUAAAUGAUGUUUCAACACAGUACGUGUUGAAUCACUGUCCGCCAUUUUGUUUUUCAAAGUGAACAAGUUUUCGGAUGGAACGAUCCGACGAAACUGAAUCCGGAUGUGGGUUUCGAUAGUUUCAAAAACAAGUUUCGGUUUUAGUUAGAAAAAAAAAGAUAAAACUGGUUUUCAUUUUAUUUGAAACAACAAAUACACAGUUCGUGAAACCAAUAUAAAAGCAAUUCAACAAAAACGCCCUAAAUAAGGAUAAAUCGACCUUUUUCGGCGAUUGCUGUUUAACCUCAGGUUUAACCAAGAUGUUAGACAAAUGAUUUAGAUUAUAGACUAAUCAAAUAUUGUUUUUAAUUAAUAAUAUCAAAGAAAAACGGAAUUGAAACGUUUUGAUUACUUUGUUUUUAAGUCGUCGAGCCUACGAGAGACACUUUAAGUUAUAAGAUGAAGUUUUGAACUGAUUUUUUGUGGAUAUUAAUACUUCCUUUUAAUUGCUUUCCUUAUAAAAUAGCUUUCUGUGAACACACAUAAAGUGUUAUAUUUAAGUUCAAAACAUUUGAUUU